AUGGCAUCAAAUCAAUUAGGGCAGGCCUCAGCCGUUACGCAUCUUAGCGUUGUACAACUGCCCAAAUUUAGUGCGCGUCCUCCUUCAGAUCUAGUCGUACUCAAGCACCGCAACGUUUCAGUCUCUUGCCAGGCCAAUGGUGACCCCAAACCAAAAGUGACGUGGGCUAAAGAAAAUAGUGAGCUACCAUUUGGAAGAUCGAAGGUCGAUGAGGAUGGAACACUUCAUAUCUGGAAUACAAAGCAUGAAGACUCGGGAAAGUUUACCUGCGUAGCGUCAUCAGCGGGAAUUUUUAAGGCAUUUUCUGCAAUGCAGCUCUCGGUAUCAUGUAAGUAGUUAAACUCUAAAGGAGGUCUGCAAGUAUUUAUGGAGUUUUGUGAGUCUUUUGCGUUCACACUGGCGUCUUACAGACUCUGUAAUAAGUUGCAUAAAGACAGGGCUGAACAUACUCCUUGUGACAAAAGGAAGUAUUCCCUGUGAUUCUUUUCUUAAUACUUGAGGUAAUCAUGAUGAUAGCAAGAUUUAUGAUAACAUUUUAAAAUAGUGACGAUGAAAAUGAUCAUGAUAGUGAUUCUGACGGUGACGGUGGUAAUAACUGUGAUUGUGGCCGUGAUAGAAGUCACAGCUCUUGAUAUAAUUUUUCAGAAGAAAAGUGGUAAAUGAAAAAUGGUGUUGAUAUCUGUGCUAGCAGCGUGUCAGGGUUAAGUAGUUUCAAGAGUAAUGAUGAAGUGUCAAGUAGUCCUUGAUAGGUCCGGGUGAUCAAACAUAAGUUAGAGGGAAAAGAAAAUACUCUUGCCACAGUAGUCUGUUGGUACUGAGUUUCUGUUUACUCGCGAGACUGAUGACGUUUGAUGAAUGAGAAAGGCCAACUUUCCCUGACCUUUCUUAGGACUUAGUGAGAUGUGCUCAUCAAAAUCAAUAAUAUCAAUUUGGUGUUCAUUUGUCAGAUGUUUGCCAGUAACAGAGUGAUACAACUGCUUUUGUUUUCCGUCUCUUGACAAUGAUAUCACGACGAUAGUUUAGGAAAUGUAGUACGUUUCUAACUUUUUUUUAAUAUGUGCUUUUCUCGGAUGUUCCGCAAGAUUAAAGAAAUAAAUUCCCAUCCUUUGACCCAUUUGCUUUGAGUAAUAAUUCCCUCUGUGAUAAUCAAUAAUGGUAAUAUGAUGAAGUGUAGUCUGAUUCGGUCUGUUAUCAUAAGGGUCAUUGACAAAAUCGGAUGACCGCGAAGCGCUAGUCCGAUUUCGUCAUCACUUGUCCUGUCACCAAUUAAUCAAAACUAUGGCAAAAUUUGAGAAAGAAAAUAGACAUCGAUUAUACGUUCCCAUAAAAAAAGAACAAUUUACUCGGCGAAUUGCACGACAACAGCGCACGCAGACUUUUCUUCUUUUUUCAAUUGUUUUCACCAAAAGCACCUAGGUUUAAUAAGGAGGAUUACAAUGGUCAGUUGUUUGCACAAAAUUGAUUGUGUAGUUUAUUGCUUUGGGUAAAGAUGAAACCGUUGGUUCUUAAACUCAAGUGUACUGAGCCUGUUUCCUUCCACAAACAUAGGUGAUUUUUUUUCUAUGAUGCAUUUUCGUUGAUACAGAGAUAAAGACAAUUAUCUAGGUCAUUUUGAUUUCAAUAAAGAAUGUUUCCAAUUUUCUUGACCAGCAUGUGA